AUGCCACGACAGGGCAUAGUGACGAACAACGCCCCGGAUCCAUCAUUCAGCGGCCAGGGAGCGACGGACGUUCUCUCCGGAGAACCGACUCACUGCUUGCACACUCUAAUGACUCGUGGAGCAAAGAAAGAUACUGAACCUGAGGCAAAACUAACACCAGCCACGAAAAUAUCUGGCAGGCCUGUGGAAUCACCAAAGAAAUUGGUUAAUACAGCUCCUACUAGGUGCUACUCACAGCGGGCAAGGCAAGGAACUGUAGACAGUAGUAAUUUGAGCAAGAAAUUAGACAAGAAGAAACAAGAAAAGUGGGAUAAGGAAAUUGCAGAUGGUCAUUCAACGAACCAACAAGACCCUAGAGCAAAACUAGACAUCACCAUGAUUGUGCAGUCUAUGAAGCGCAGAAAGCGUUCAGCCCGGCAAAGGAGAAAGAGUUCUGUACCGUGGGUAGAACUGCUUGGGUUUAACUUCAUAAACGUGGAAAGGGCACGUCGGAAUGAUCUGGCUGUUGACUCGAGGAAGAUGAAAAGAACUCAUAGAGGCGCCAAGUCGUUGUGCCUGAAAAAUAAGAGAGCUAAGGGAAACAAGAGUGUUGGAGGUGGAAGGGAUGCAAGUAACCAGUCUGCUCCUGCUAAUUUUGACAAGGCCCAGGACAAUGCAGCAGAUACAGAUGCUGCUGAGCAUCUCAGUGUGCCCAAAUCUGAUACAUCAUCAAAAUCCAAGGAGCAAUGUGGUACAGAUGCAGAUGAAUAUGCUUCUAAGCAGAGUGGUGUCCCAGUCCCAGUCCCAGCAAAUGACACACUCAUUAAUAACAUUUCGAUUGAUUUCAAGAAGAGUAAAGAUGCAGUUGUCGAUGGUCUUAUGACGACAACUGAUGUUAUCAGUCUUUAUGAAGCCAAAGAGAACCAUACUAAGUUUGAUCCUGCAAUAAUCCCAGGCUUCGAUCUAGAAGAUGGAGCUGACAAAUUUGAUACUUCAACAGCACAAUCUGCUCUGGCAUCACUGUCUACUGUCUCCGCGCCAGACCCGUGCAUCGAGUUUGCUGUUAAGCUUCUAAAGGACGAAACGCCACUGACAGCAUAUGUUCCAGAAGUUGACGAGAUCAUUAGGAAAAUGAUGUGCCAUCAGAAGAGCACAAAUGCUGGGACUUCAAAAUCUGCUCAGGGCAGGAAGGACUAA